UUGUUUAUUAAGGGCGGACCCUCCCUUCGGGUCUAAAGGGAUCAUCUUUUGACAUUUAUUGCCCUUCCUCGGACAGAAUAUGGAAACAUGAAGAGCUGAACAGUGAAACUAAGUUGGAGUCUCCUCAUUAUCUGCACAUCGGCAGCCUCUGGGCAAGAAUGAGGGAUAUUCAAGGCAUCGACGCUUUACUCUUGAAAGAGCUGAAGUCAUGCUGUGCCAAAGAGCAUAACUUUCUUCCCAAGGAGACUGGCCUCAAGCUGAUGGAGUCUGCUUCCACAGAGAGUCAUAAUGGUGUGUCAGCAAAAUGCAGAGACACCAGAGUGGAAGAAUUAUGGAGCCUUACCAGCUUCUUUGGCUACAGCACUCAGACUUUUGUUCAAGCUGUUAAUUUAUUGGACAGAUUCCUCACCAUUAUGAAGGUGCAGCCCAAACACUUGCCUUGCAUUGGAGUCAGCUGUCUUCACAUCUCUGCUAAAAUGGUAGAGGAAGAGAGCAAUAUCUCACCCACUCAUGAACUCAUCCGCAUCAGCCAAAGCAAGUUCACUGUGUCUGACCUUUGCCGGAUGGAGAAGAUCAUCUCAGAGAAGCUCAGUGUGCAGCCCAAAGCUGUGACAGCCUUAACAUUUCUACACCUCUAUUAUUCUGCCUUUCCACCCCAGUCUGCUGGAAGGGAGGAGAUCCCAAGCAUUGGGAGAUUGGAAGCCCAGCUUAAAGCCUGCUUAUGCCGGCUUGCUUUCUCUAAAGCAAAACCGUCUGUGCUGGCCCUUUCCCUCAUUGCCCAGGAGUUCGAAGCCCUCCAGUCGAUCAACUUGUUGAAGAUUGUUCAGCAAUUCCAAAGACAUCUUAAGAUCAGUGACAGUGUGCUACUUCACUGGAAAGAACUAGUGGCAAAGUGCAUGGCUCAGUACUGCUCAAGUGAUUGUAACAAACCAGACAACAAAAAGCUGGUUUGGAUUGUGUCGAGGCGAACAGCACAGUGUCUUCAGGCUAAUCACUUCAGCGUUCCUUGUCUGCCAACUAUUCCUGAGGGGAGCUGGGAUGAGAGUGAAAGUGAGGACUCCUGUGAGGACAUGAGCAGUGGAGAGGACAGUCCCUGCGGAUCACCAGGGAGCGACGGUGAAGGGGCCUUUUUCCCCACCGCUUUCCUCCAUAGCAGGAAGUAACACAUUUCAGCUCGUCAUGUAGUAGUCACCGAUGUGUAUUUGGUCUAUAAAGUGUAACUGAGUUAAGUUGGUGACGAUGUUUCAAAGCCAACCUGUAUGUUGUAUGCAUCAUGUUAUAGUGCCGUAGGGAUGCCUGCCAGGUGACACAUUUAUGUCAUCAAGUGCCUGUGUCAGUUUCAGUAUACUGUCUGUGUUGUUGGUUUUUUUUGUUUUUUUUUUUACAUUUCGUAAUAACGGAAAAUGGAAAACUGCAAUAUCUCGGCAGCUUAAUUGCAAUACAUCUCUGAAUGUCUUUUUACAAGAUGUUCUCUGUGUUUGUUUGUGUCCAAUCUUGACACAUUCCAGGAAAAAUAGUGAAGCACAAGGGAAACCUGUUACGACAGUUAGUGGUAAGGUACACUAACCAUUCGAUAACAGCUAACGUACUAGCACAUCCUCAAUCCUUUUUUUGAAAACUGUUUUUUAUACGCCACACCGUACAUACAGUAUAUACAAUGUACUGCAAAUGUUUAUAAGAUGUAUGUGUAUGAGUCGAAGUCAAAUGUGACAUAGAUGACAUUGUAGUGUGACAAUAACAGACUGUAUAUGCAUGGAAAUAUAUGAAAAUGAAUGGGAGUUGUUCAUGUUUACCAAGAUAAGCUUACUGUAGAAAAUGUUGAAAAAAAUGUACAUAACUUGUAUAAAAUAAG